CCGCUGGCCGCUGCCCCACCCACCGUAUCCCAAGCGGAUCACCCCCAAUCCUUGCGUUCCUGCAUGCCUGCAUCUAUAAAUCGCCCGGCACCCUCCCGCCCGGAACCGGCAACUCGUUACCGCUACGGUGCCACCGAUCCGAGUACAAUUCCGUGUUCAUUUCGCAGGCAUCUUCGAUUAAAAAGCUAGCAAGAGAGCAAGCAGGCGAUCGAUGGCCCCGAGCGCGUCGAUGCUGUUCCUGAGCUACCACCAGCUCCACCAGCCGGCGGCGGAGGCGACGCCGCGCAAGGAGGCGGCUGCCGCGGCCGCGGGCGGCUUCCGGCUCAGCCUGAGCAGUGUUCUGUCAAUCCCGAUGUUCGAGCGGCGGCGGGAGGCAGCGGCACCGGCGGUGCGGGCGGAGGGGAAGACGGUGCGCGAGCGCGACGCCGGCGAGGACAUCAAGUCGUCGUCGGCUAAUAAGGAGCUGGAAGAGAAGUUCGAGGAGGCGCUGCGCCUCAGCUGCUGGUCUUCGUGAACGAUCGAAGCGGAGACGCGUGCAUGCCGCCGAGUCGAAGCGAGGGAUUGCGUGCGGAUUGCUUCGUUAUCCUUGUUCUCGAGCUAGUAGUACGAAGAAAAAUUAAGAUGCUAGCUAGCUAACUACUGCUCCUGCUCUGUUUUGAAUUUGAUCUGUGCAUAUCCUUCCUGUAAAAUAAUCUUGCUGCGUAGCCUUUUCGUUAUGCCGGAGUUAUUUUCUUGA